AACAGCUGGAAACAGAGAAAAUGUAUAGAAUUCCUGAAUUCGUUAUCCCCAAGAAUCCUGUCCAUGAACAACUUUGCCUUCUGUGUUGAAGUCACUGGUCAUUGGCAUGGCUGCUGCUUUGUUCACUAGUGAGCAGCUCUACUUGACAUUAUUCUUCUUCAUUGUCUCGCUUCUUGUGUCUGCACUUGGACUACAGAACCAACUGCUAAGCUGCGAGUCCGAAUCUCCAGAUGCUUCUUCUGCCUACCACUGCAGUACCAGUACUAGUGGAUUAAAUGGAUCAUCAUCAUCUUCACUCAACCAGUGUGCCACAUUUGCAAUUCUUCGAACCAACUCAUACUACUCCUCUCUGUUGAACCUCAGUUCUUAUUUGGGGAUCAACCGGUUUGUGAUUGCAGAAGCAAAUGGCUUUUCAGCGCACACGGAGUUUCUUCCUAAAGACCAGCCUUUGUUGAUACCGAUUGAUUGCAAAUGCAGCAAUGGGGGCUUGUUUCAAGCGCAGUUGACAAAAACAACCAUCAGAGGUGAGAGCUUUUAUGGCAUUGCUGAAGCGCUAGAGGGUUUGACAACUUGCAAAGACAUCCGAGAGAAGAACCCGGGUGUCUCGCCUUGGGAACUUGCUGAUAAAGUUGAGUUACACAUUCCCUUGAGAUGUGCUUGUCCCUCUAAAUCAUCUCAGUCAAGACUCUUGCUUUCUUACCCAGUAAAACAAGGUGACACCAUUUCUUCUUUGGCCAUUCAAUUCAAUACCACUCAAGAAGCUAUCAUAUCUGCAAAUAAUAGAUCAACAUUUAGACCUGAAAGCAGUUUAGUACCACUUACAUCUCUUCUGAUUCCACUCAAUGCUAAACCGAUACUUGGUCCUCUAGAAAAGCCCCGCGAACCCAAUUUGCGUUUUCCAGCAACUAGCGUCCCAGCAAUUAGUCCACACAGGAAGAAAGCAAAAAUGCAUAAGGCUGGACUAUAUGUCGCGAUCAUUGUGGUGGUUGUUGUAGCUAGCAUUGCCAUUGCUGCGGCUUUGUUGGUGAUUCAGCUGAGGAAGAAGAAACAGAUCAUUUCAUCCAAAGGAGUCGUUGAUUUGGAACUGCAACAGCUUAGCCUAAGCAUCAGAACCACAAGUGACAAGAAGGUCUCAUUUGAGGGAUCACAGGACACAUUAGAUGGUCACACUGUUGAAGCCACCACGCCGCGCAAGGUGCUGGUGGAGACAUACACCAUGGAGGAGCUGAAAAGAGCAACAGAAGACUUCAGUUCGAGCAACCACAUCGAAGGGUCUGUGUACCACGGCCGUCUCAGUGGCAACAACUUGGCAAUAAAGCCCACACAACAUGACAUCAUCUCAAGGAUCGAGUUUGGGCUUUUCCAUGAUGCAAUUCACCACCAUCCGAACAUAAUGAGGCUGUUGGGGACAUGUUUGACUGAAGGUCAAGACUCAUUUCUGGUUUUCGAGUAUGCAAAGAACGGAUCAUUGAAAGACUGGCUUCACGGUGGAUUGGCAAUUAAAAACCAGUUCAUUGCCUCAUGUGAUUGUUUCUUGACGUGGAGCCAAAGGCUGAGGAUAUGUCUUGAUGUGGCCAUGGCAUUACAGUACAUGCACCACAUAAUGAACCCAAGUUAUGUGCAUCGCAAUGUGAAGAGCCGAAACAUCUUCUUGGAUGAAGAAUUCAAUGCCAAGAUUGGAAACUUUGGAAUGGCAAAGUGUGUUGAAAAUGACACGGAAAAUUUGGCUCCUGAAUAUGUUCACCAAGGUGUGGUUUCUCCAAGCACUGAUAUAUUUGCUUAUGGAAUAGUGUUGUUGGAGGUCUUGUGUGGGCAAAAGGCAUUAACCAAGCCUAGUGAAAUGGGGCAGGGGAAACAUUUCUGGCUCUCGGAGAAAAUCAAAUCCAUAUUGCAGUCAGACAAUGCAGAUGAGCUGAGGGAAUGGAUGGACAGCGCAUUGGGCGAGAAUUAUUCUUUCGAUGCAGCUCUCACAUUAGCCAAUCUUGCGAGUGCUUGUGUAAAUGAAGAUCCUUGUUUGAGACCAAGUUCAGGAGAAGUAGUUGAGAAACUUUCGCAAAUGGUGGAGUACCCGGCGGUAGAAGGAGAAAAUAUGUUGAUGAGUGAGAGCUCUUGCAAACCUCUGGUGAAGGCAGCUGCUGCAAGCAACAUGUCAUAGCUCUUGGCAUUUGGAUAAGGUUAAUAUAGUACUAGGGCCGGUGUUGUA